UCCGUCGGCGCUUCUGCUGUCGCCUCCAACGCCGAUGACUUGCUCCUCUGCUUCCUCCUUUCCGCCAGAUCUGCUCGCCAUCUCCUGCGUUGUGCGUGGUUCGAAUCUGCUGCAGCACGAGCGUCCUGCCUCCGUCACCCAUCAGUGCCGUCGCCGCCACCAUUAAUUGCAGGGACCAAAAGCAACAAUGAGUGUGAUUCAGAAGUUUUUCAUUGCUUCAAUGUUCAUGUGGGUUGUCCCUGUUGCAAUUCUAUAUGGUUUUAACAAUAAUCUGUUUCCUGGAGCAGACAAUUUGUCCCCUUACUCUGUGACACUAGUGAGUGGAUUUCUUGCGGUUAUAUCAGUUAAUGUAGUCAUAGCAUUUUACAUAUACUUGGCGAUGAAGGAACCUGCCGAAAAACACGAGCCAGAUCCCAAAUUUCUCGCUGAGGCUAAGGCUAGUAUGAAGCAGCCUACAACCAAUGCUCCGCAAUCUUCUGAGUCUCAGAAGAAAGAACAAUAGGCUGUGUGCUUAGGCAGUUAGCCCUCUUUGUUGUACUGUUCUUCUUAGGAAGGAUAGGGGAGAAGGGGAUGAAGGGUGAAGGUCCCGAAUUGUGCAUAUGAAGUUUGCAUAUGAUCCAUGUUGUGCAAAAUCUGUUUUAUUCUGACAGUAUUUUAUGUAUCUACUAAUCAAUUUGCCGCUCCAUUGCACUGGGUAUUGACAAUUGUUAUUUCUUGGUUAUAAAAUUUUUUAUAAUUUAAAUUGUA